GACGGGACUCCGGGCUUAGUACUGGGCUUCUACACAUCGGGCUAUGGGCCUUUUCUUGAGAACUGGAAUGGUAAGUGGUGCGGUGCGGUGCGGUGCGGUACGGUACGGUGUGGUGUGGUUAAAUCAGAUACUAGAUAGCUAACUGGGUCUGUCGCGGCUGUUGGGGUUUAUGCGACUAGCAGAUAAUCUAACCAGAGAAAAACAAAAAGGGCGAGAUGCAUUCUCUCUCUCUCUCUCUCAUCGCCGAUUUCCCGCAUAGCCGUCCGUCUUAUCUAGUUCGCUCAGUUACCACUAAGUUACCUGACCAACAGCACCCGCCGUCAAAAAAAGCUGUGACCACUCAUCCAGGGGCAUCAGAUCACCACAUCGUGCAGCCUUCGUUGCCUUCGGCGCUACACGGCGAACUCAUAUCUCUCCAACCAAAUCGAGCUACCGGCAUCGACCGAUCGUCCCAAAGACCUACCCAUGUACAGUACCUUACCACUGGGCGUCCGUCGUGCGCCGCCUCGUCACCACACUCUAGCUCCAAGGGACAGACCAUGUGGGGAGUUAAGCAAUUCUUCCAAAAUAAGUACAUGCAGCCACAUUUCCAAAUGGGUGGCAAUCAUCCCCCACCACUCCUCUUUCGGCGGCAACUGCUCGCCAUCGGGCAUCAGGGCAGAAACCAGGCCAUGCCGGAAAACAAAUGACAGCCUCUCAGAGCUCGCAACAAGGUAUCAAGAAAAACACAAAAGUACGACAGAAGGCCUCCUCCCGCCCAUUAGGAUCAAACUCGAUUUGCAACAAUAGGCUUAAAAUCAGGACGAGCAAUAAAUAGUCUGUAAGAUGCUAAGAUACGGGGCCAAAGAAAAGAGACCAGAAUAUGAACUCGUAAACAACACUCGUGGACAUCUC